UGCUUUCUGCUCGGUGUGUGAUUGCUUCUGUCUGCUCGCUGUUGUAGCUGUUAGCAUAAGCUGCCUGUGUUAGCUCCCCUGUUAGCUCCUGCGUAGCUCCGCUCUCCGUGUCUGUCGGUGUUGUCUCGGUUGGUAUCGACCCUCACGGACCCGGUGGAGACGCUCAGCCUCAUUUUCACCGCAAACACAGACCUCGAGUCCCGCAGGAAACAUGUCCACCGCCCUGGAGAGCUACAUCAACCGCACCGUGGCCAUCGUCACCUCCGACGGGAGAAUGAUCGUGGGCACCCUGAAGGGCUUCGAUCAGACCAUCAACCUUAUCCUGGAUGAGAGUCAUGAGCGCGUGUUCAGCUCCAGUCAGGGUGUGGAGCAGGUGGUUCUGGGACUUUACAUCGUCCGAGGAGACAACGUAGCUGUGAUCGGAGAAAUCGAUGAAGAGCACGACUCCACUCUGGAUUUAGGAAACAUCAGAGCUGAGCCGCUCAACUCAGUCGCCCACUGACCCCUCGACCUUUGACCCCCUCUCCCCCCCCUCCCUCCACUCUCACCUAUCCUGGCUGCCAUCUCCACGCGACAGGAGGAGAGAGAACGCACGACUGACGCUGCGUCUGUGAUCACUCGUUCGCCCGUUCACUCGCUCGUUCACUCGUCCCUGAUGUGAGGCUGCGUGGUGAGACGUUCAGGGACGAGUCGUGAACAGGAAGUGAUGUCAGCCUCAGCGUCGGUCAUGUGGACGAGCGUCACCGGAGCCUGAUUCUGGAUCAGCUGAGAAUCUGUCUUCAGUUUGGACUUUUGAUAAAUGAAGACGUGAAAUGUUCGAGUUGUUAUGAUGAAAGUUUUUUAUGCUUCAAGUCCUUUUGUCACAUUGUUUUGUUUAUUAAAGUUUCAUGUCUCAUA